AUGAUUGAUCCUGCCGGCGGGACUUAUGCUGUAUCCACUAUUGGCGAUCAGCAUCAACUUGUGCCUCAGUCCGUCGCUGAUAUGACUUCAAAUUCCUCUCCCAUGUUGCAAGAAGCUCUCCAGCCAGCGGCAACAUGUGGAGAAAUACUAGCUGCAUCAACGGUACCGAGCCCACCGCGAGCUGUCACUGUGUGUGCGGUAUCUAGCGUCACAUCUCGACCACCUGGUACGACACAAACCUCCCUCAUACCGGCGCUGACCUCCACACGGCAGUCCCUUCUGCCACCGCCACCAUCAGCAACUACCACUCUUCGACAGUACGUCCAGAGCAACGCACAUCUAACGGGGAGUGCUCUUCGGCAACAGUUGGCUCCACAGGCGAAUAACACUUUCGCACCACAACGUCAACAAGCGCUGUUUCCUGUGGCGAUUGCUGGCUCGAGAGAUGCUCGACAGCCGGUGUUGGCUCAGCUCAAUAUGGAGAGCAAACGGCAUUUUGGAGUACCGCCCGGAAUAGUGUCGUCAUUGGAAGGCCAUGCGGUAGCGCCCGCGGGUACAGAAGUGGUGAACAACAUCACGACAACUCUUCCACAGCAAGUCGUCGGACUUGAUGACGGUCGUGCGAUCAUACAACAAGUACCAAUGACCGCUUAUCAAGGAGUGGAGCAGCAUUCUGCGGCAGCUGUACAAUUAGGCACAACGAUAGUAGUGGAUCCUCAACUGAGUGGCGUUUCUGGAAACAUGCAGCGUGUCCCACGUCAACUUCCACCAGGUGCGCUAGCCGCUCUACGAGCUCAAGCGUUACGAACUCGUUCAUUAUCGUCAACGGCGAUCCAACGGAAUCAUCCACAACUGGCCGCAAAGCUGCUGGAAGGUGGAGUGCGAGGUGCACGAAAUUCGCGGUACGCUGCUGCUCUGGCAGCGGCAAUUGCACGACAAAAUCAACCUCUACCGUGGAAUGCUCCGCCAAUCGCACGUAGAACACCCCCUUCAAGUGACGACGAGGAUUUUGGCAAGACAGCGAAUGGAAACAAGGUGAUCCGACUUCGAAUGAAACGUCAGCGUCGGCGGAUGGUGGGUGUAUACCGCGCAAUUCCAGAAAUUGACUCGAUGUGUCGAGCGGUCGAAGAUGCAGACUAUGACAAAACGGAUUUAUUCCCGCUAGGGCUUGAACCGUCGGAUGAUGAAGAUGCGACCUAUCCGUCAUCGUCAAUCCUUCCCACGGCAAGUUUGGCAGUGUCCAGCUAUUCGGGUGACUUGUCCACGCAGCUCUACCUAAUCAAGAAGCAAUUGCGACUGGAACGACAUGCUUUGUUGAAGCAGGCACAACUAAAUGCCCACAUAAUGUGUGCAUCGCGGCGGUUACCGUUGAGUGUUGGCGCAGCGCUACGUCAACGCACUGAUCCCUCACCUCCUCCUCUGCAGUUGGCCCCAGCAGCGUUACGUCGUUGCUGCCAACUGGACAACACUAAUAAACAGCGAUGUGAACGUGCAUGUUUACCAAUGUCAAAUCACUGCCUUCAACACGUGCUCUACAACGUACAUCAGCGUCUUUUUGCCUUCUGUACGCAGUCGUUCUGUCGUCGACCAGUAAACUCAAUCGACGCACUGCUUUGGGAUGGGAAAUGCGCACUGCACAGGCAGUCAAGAGAGGACAGAUACGGCCCUGCUCCAUUGUACGACACAAGCUCCUUCAUGGGUUCAUCGUCGUCAAUUGGCUCACCACUUGGUGACGAGUCGUCAGCAGCGAGUCCGAUGCCACAAACAGAUCCGCAUCAUGCCCUUCUCACCGAUACCACUGCACCUAUGGACUGCCAGCUUUCUUUGGAUGUUUCGCACUCAUGGGAUGAUGUGACAGAGUUCCUAAUGUCCGAAGGUUUUCCGGUUGAUUCACCGAACUCACAGGUCACACCGAAUUAG